AACCGACCACCUCAGAUUGGGCUCAAACUUGGUAUGAGCACGUUUUAGACAUCCCACAUUACGAAAAUGGUGGUGGAAAAUUUUUGAUCCGGCCGGCCGGCCUUCCGGCCGGUGGUCCAAACUUUGCCUUAUAUCUCGAGAACGAUAACAGAUAGAGACUUCCGGUUUGAAGUUUUCUAUAGAAAUGUGGGUGUAAAAUUUCAUUUUUUCGCAUUUUCAAAAUCCAAGAUGGCCGCCGUCCGCCAUUUUGAAAUACCGUCAACCACUUCCCUUAAAGCUAGAGAUCUGAAAUUUUAGUAUGUUGUACAGCUCAGUGAGAUGUUUACAUAAACAAAUCAUACUUGAAAAUCGGUCAAGCGGUUUAGCAAAUAUGGCGGCCUAAAGCAAAAAGUGUUUUUUCGAUAUAACUCGAGAACGGCUUGACCGAUUUCGACCAUCUUGGUAUCAAAUGAAAGGUAUUUAGAAGCCCUACAACUGUUUCAAACAUUUCAAGUUUCAAAAACAUCCGCAGGAGGCGCUAAAAUCAAAAACAAAAAUUGUCGAACUUUAAGGGGCAUUGUCUCCGAAUCCCCAUCAUAGAUUUCCUUUAAAUUUUGAUAUGUUGUAGCCUGACUCAAUAUCUUUCACCAGUCCGAAAAUGAAGAAAAUCUAUGUCGCCGUUUAGAAGGUAUGGCCAUUUGAAAAAUUCUUGAAUUUGAAAAGUUCUAAGAGCCAUAUCUUUUGAACCGCUUGUCUGAUUUGACUCAACUUAGUAUCAAAUUAAAGGUUUUGCAAUUAUCUACAACUUUCUAGAACAUUAGAAACCUCUAGAACCAUUCCUUGAGGACAAAAAGUGCAAAAAACUGUUUUGAUCAAACAAAUAUCCGCCAUUUUUGUUUUGGAUGUGACCUUGAAAAUUAUUGAAAUUUAUGUCAAUUUAUAGCCUGUUUUAAUACCUUUCCAAAACUAGUCAAGAAAUUUCUGAAGGUCUUGUGGAACUUGAGAUAUAACCAUUUUUGUCUUUCGAAUUGAUGAAUUUCAUAAAAAAAUCAACUUUGCCUACUAAUCCUACUUACAAAUACGCAUAGACUGACUCAUCCGCGUUGUGGUAUACCAACUCUAAUAACUGGACGCGUUAUGAUUGACUUCUCUCUGUUUCAGAAUUUAGCGUCUUUUAUAAUUUAUAUUUUUUUUUCUUUAAGAGUUUUCCAUUUUUUUUUUAAUAAACAAAUAUUAUUUUGAAGAUUUGGAAGUCAAGUUGGACCUCUUUGGUUUCUACGUAUACAAGGAAAUAAAAUAUAAUGAUAUAAAGCUACCUAAGAAUUUUUCCUACUGUGAAUAUCCUAUGGGUAAACCAACACAUUUUACUGUGGAAUUAAUAGAUUCAUGUAUAUUAAAAAUUUGCCUUAUGUCUAAUUAUACUACAAAAACAACUGGACGGUAUUUCAAUGAUUUUUUUGAUAUUGAAUCAAAUAUAAGUUUGUGGCUCGAUUAUAAGGAUAUUCCAGAAAAUGUGUUAAAUUUAAUUUAUCAACAUUUACAGAACUAUUAUACAUAUCAUUACUUUCAUUUAGCAUUAAAAAUAAGUAAUGCAAAUGAGUGUAGGAUCACUACAAAAAUCGAAAGAUCAUUGUUUAUUAGCUAUAUGUAUCCCAAACCUUUUAAUUUUGCAUCUAAUCAUGAUAAAGUCGAUCCUAUGAAUUUUUUACAGAAAGACGAACCCUACAGUAGAUUUACAGUAUUUCCAAAGACAUCAACAAUUUCAGAAGGUAGCAGAUAUUUUUAUUCUCUUGAAGUGGAGUUAAUAAAAGUAACUCAUAAUAUGGGCAAAUUCAUUUUCCAAUGGAUACCAAAUUGUCCAUCUCUAUUAUUAUCCGGAGGAUAUUAUUUAAACAUUCGUCUAUUUUUGCAAAAUGGAAAAGAAUUGAUGAGAAUUCCUGCGACGAGGAGCUUCGAAGAUACAGGUUUUUUCGUUCUCAAUAAUCUUCCAUACAGUUCUACGGUAUAUAUAGCUUACAUCAGGAUUAGCAUACCGCCGACAGUACCAAUUAAUACUUUAAGGAGCUUUAAUCAUGAGAAGAUUUUAGUUUUCGUGACAAAUGAAAAUGAUCAAAGAACAGAUCCACAAUUAAUUGAAGAAAGCGUAGCUAUAUUUUGGCCACGUCUAAGUGAUAACGAAUGGACAGGCUUGAACUAUCGAGAUAAUUUUCUGUUAAAGCUUUGUAAUUCUGUUCCUUAUCCAAUGCAUCAAAGGCCUUAUAUAAUUUAUCCAUAUAUCGAGAAAAAUAAAUCAUUUUAUACAUCUAAAUAUUGUUAUAAGAUGAACCAUAAUUUGUGGGGUUUUAAUAAUAAUCAUGUGUUUAAGGAUAAAAUUUGUUCAUCAAUGAAAGCCAAUAAUGUAGGAAUUUACUACAAGGAUGGUGUAUACGAAGUUACAUGGGGUGCUUCAUUUCACACCUAUAUAAUGGAAUAUUUGCUAAUAUAUUGUUCUACAAGGAACAAUGAAUUGAUUACUUACAAACCUAUUAAUACAUAUUUUUUAAAUAUUCCAAUGAAGAAACAUUCUGAAAAUUUUUUUUUCUUCACAAAAACACAUUUUCCUUAACAUACAAGAAUUUUGAAAAUUUAACAUUCGCAGUGGCACCACAAUAUGAUUCACGGGAAUCAUGUAGUCCAGAAUUGGUUUUUGGUGAAUAUUUAAAUGAAAGGAGAAUUUUUCAAUUAAUAAACUACGUCCCAUUAACGGAUAAAAGUGUUCUAAUUUACUACAAGGAUAUGCUAAAAAAUUCAAUUUGUGAAUUUUUACUUUCAGACAAAUCAACAGAAAAAACAACAUAUUUCCAAAUAACUGAUGAAUCUUGCAAUAUCCCUGAUAAAUCUAUCUUUAAAGUUCACAAGAGAAAUGACAAUGAAUUUAUAAUAAAUUAUAAUGAUCAAUUUCUUAUAUUUGAAUUUUGCAUAAAAGAACAUAACUUUAUAGUAAAUCCAAAAGGGGAUACUGUGUAUGUCACAAUAGUUCAAAAUGCAACAAAACCUCGAAUUCGAUAUACAAUUGAUUCAAUUUUACUUCAAAAUAAUGGGAAUACUAACAUUACUGCUACUAUACAAAUAAGUCAGAAUAUUGGAGGCAAAAAAGUUUGUCCCACAAAUUACACUAUAACGUAUGCAAAAGAAAUGGGUCCUCCUGGAAAUGUUACCCUACUUAAUAAACGAAUAUUACUGAAAGAAAAUAAAUAUCAAAUAACAUGUAAAAUUGACAAAAAUAUGUCCGAUACAACAGAAUUUCAGAUGGAAAUUUUAGUACUUAAAAUAUAUAAAACUUUUAUUGAUUCAUUUCAAGGACAUAUUACUACUAUGACAAAUACAAAUUGCUCAUUUAUAAUUCCCAUUUGUGAAGAAACAAUUCUAUUGAAGCAAUACAGAAUUAGGGGAAUAAAUGAAAAAGAGAAAUUCGGUGAAUGGUCUGAGAAUGUGAUAUUAAAAAAUGAUGAAAUUUGCCCCCAACUAUCGAAUUUUUCGUAUGCAAUUUCAAUGGUAAUUGUAUCAGUUAUAAUUGUAACUAUUCUUGCGGUUACGAUUCGCAUUUAUAUAUUAUUAUCAAAGGAUAUAUUUUUAAUAUCAGAAAUUGAAUUUCCAAUUUCUUUACGUGAUAUUAGACGAGCUUCUCCAAAUCCAAUUAAUCCUAUAACUCAUUCAAGAUCAAGAAGUAAUAGUCGAAACUACAAAACUUUAAAAGAGAAAAGCAUUAUUAAUAGAAUUGAUGAGAACCAAGAAGAUCAAUCAACAUCUUUGGGAUCAGGGGGUAAUCGACUCAUGCUCAGAAUGUACAGCGAGACUGCACCGCGAGUGACAAAAGUGGCAAUAAUGGAAAAGUUCCAGGAAAUGAACCGAGAGUGGCAAGAGUCGGAUACCCCCUGUUUAGGAUACAGAUUAUUGAGGGACCUAAUGAAAAGUGAACCAAAAAGUCUUGAAUUAAAUGCGCAAAAGAGCCAAGAAAGGCAAAUAACAUCGUCAAUACCACUGAGUGAUUUAAUAAGGACAGAAAAGGAGGAUAAUUCUUCUGCAGAAGAUAGUCUUUAACAAAAAGAAUGAACAAAGUAAAUUGCCGCUACGUUUUUAAAUUAAUCGCACCCCACUUUGCAACACAAAAAUUAAAAAAAUAUAUAAAUCACAAACUGUUAUAGAAAGAAAGUUUUAAAAAUAGGGUAGUACAUAUAGCGCUAAUAUAGGUUGUUAACUAUUCUUUUUAUGGCCAAAAAAAUAACUGAAAUCGUUUAAGCUGUUUAAAUGAAUUAGGAGUUAUCUUUUUGUCGUUUAUGCACAACUUACAAAAAAAAAUAGAACGUUUCUAUUUGGGAUUAAUUUGGGAGCUGUAACAUUAUUCUCUGUAAAAAUUUUACCACAAAGUGAAUGUAUUUUUUUGUAAUAAAGUUUAAAAUUGAUAAAAUUGCAUUUUCUUUAAGCUUUUCUUUAUUUCUUAAAAAAAAACCGUUUUGAAUGUUUUUUAAAAGGAAUCACAACUGAAACUGUUUUAGAGAAGAUUUUUAUUUUAUUUUUAAUGAUAAGAAAUAAUUAAUAGUCAAAGAUGGCUCAUUGAAGAAAGAUCCAACUCCAAAUUCAAUUGAUUUUAUUCAUGAAAUCUUAUCAAUUUCUUAUUAAAAAGCAUUAAAAAUUCAAAAUAGUAAUUUAUCAAGAAUUUCUAUGAUAAAAUUACAAUCUAAAGCUAUUCCUGACUGAGAUUUCAUUGCACCAGCCUCAUAUAAUCUUAUCUUCGGGGUCGUGGGAACAAUAAAUUUUGUUUUCAAAGAUUUUCCAUGCAUUUCCCUGAAGAUAAAACAUUAUAUGUAGACGUCUUACCUAAUCUCGUAGUCAAUUGUUGAGAUUUUCAUUCUUUGCAUUAGCUCACGUGACCAUCUUCCUCAACAUCUAUUUACGCACUGAAUACUCCUUCCUGUUGGCUUCUUAUCACAAUUAAUGUGCGUGCACUUCCGGAGGUCUGGCUGAAUUUUGAGGAAAGCAUUCAAGAGUGAUUGGAAAUGGCGGAGACUAACAAAAAAAGAAACAUAUUUCGCCGAAAAUGCGCGAGAGCUGCUGAUAAUGGGCUUGUCUUCUUGUCCGACUGCGAAAUGCCUCCCAGUUUGCUUCUGAGUGUCUCACAAAUCGCCACGAAUUUGCAAUAUAGUCAAGCUUUGCCUCUGAUAAGAUUACGCGAACUCAAAGUGAAUUUUUUUAGGAUUCUUUUUUAACGAAUCUUUGUUGUGCUCCAUUUGGCGGAAAAGGCGCGAAGGGAGAUUAGAGGAUUUUAGGAGAAAAGGAAGUGAUGGCUUUUUGCGUGCUUUGGAGUAGCAUUGUGUAUGGUGGACAGAAGGCAUCCUUAUCGAAGUUCCGGCUAAUUUGAUGUGUCUCCUAAAAAUAAGUUUAAUCUGAUAAGAAAUUCGCGCGAUAAAUCGAAAGACACAAAAUUUGUGCAAAUAUUUAACGCCGAAUUAUUGAAAGUUUCUCCUCAGUGCGGUUUAUUGAGCAUAAAAUUAAUUCCUAUGCCUUCCUGGGUGCAUGCAGUAAUGUCGAAGGUGAUGGAUGGGACAGUUCGGAGAAGUGAUAGUACCAGAACGGAUUUCAAUUAAGUCACAAUUUCUCACAUCCGCGCCUAAAAUUUUGGGGUUCACGAGAAGACACGGCAAAGUGGAAGACAAAGGUUCGGCGUUGGUGGUGGUAAUUAGUGCUCAAGGAAUAGGAUGAAAGUGUCAUGGAUUGUGCUUGCGAUUCUCUACUACAUAAUCACCACUUCUGCCCAUACCAGGAAAACUCCAGACUUUUCCUGCUACUUUGGCAAUUGGACUAAUGGCGUGUGUAAAUUUCCCUGGGAUGGAAUAACAGACUUCAAUCAGUGUGCUGUUCUCCUCACAAUACAAGAUCUAAAGAAAGAUGAGGAAAAUCUGAGAAUUUUCUGUGACUACGAAGUCUCUGUCUGUUCAAUUAAGAUCGAUUUCAGCUUGUAUGACGACCUAUAUGGGCUGUAUACUACUUGGGCCAAUAUUCGAAUUUGCUUCGAAACGGAGGAAUACAUUGAUGCAAAGCCAUUUCAAUUUGAAAGAAAAGAAGUUACCAAAGCUAAUCCACCGGAAGAGAUUGUGGUGAAAACUGCUACACCCACCAAUGCAACCCUUGACUGGACUAACCCGGAUUAUUGCAUAGACCUUGAUUAUCAUGUGAGAGCUGAAGUUUUCUCAAACAGCCGUGAACAAUUUAAAGACAUUUAUUGGAGUGAAUAUAAUUGUUCAGAAUCCGUUAGAGGAAGUAUUUUCAUCCCCAAUCUCCCCUACAGUGAUCACAAUUACCUCGUAAAGAUAAGGCAAAAGUAUGUGAGUGCUCCUGAUCUUGAAAAGUUCUGGUCCGAUGAAGUUGUCUAUGGCUUUAGGACUAAACCCUCUCGUCCAAGAGUAUCCCCUCAAACAGCACUGGGAGCAUUCCACACGGCUCAUGGAGGAAAUGUGACGAUCUUCUGGGUGGGAUUGGAGAAGAAAUAUUGGUCGGCAUCCAAUUUUACCUACAUCGUCUCCUAUUGCCACGAUUAUCAGUUCAACACCCAAAGCAACUCUUCAAGGCAUGUUUUGUGGUUAAAUGAACUUGAUGGGCAACCAAAUGAAUAUUCAGUACUUAAAAUUCCCGAAGGAGACAUUGAAAUAUGCCUGAGAAGUGGAAAUUCUCUCGGAAAAUCUGAAUCAUUCACAAAAAUGAAGAUCUUCGAUACAAGUCUACCACCCAUUCGGUGGGUUAAAAAAGUCCUGACCAACAACACCUAUGAGAUUAUUUGGAGUGUCUCACCGGCGGAAAAAGUUACUCAAUUUAAGCUAUUUGUCUGCAAAGUAGAUUCAGUUGAGUCAGAAAGCUGUAGGAGUUCUAUUGUGAAGGUGAUGAAGUUGUCCAGGAAGAACUUUCGAUACAGGUAUAAAAGUGAAGAGAUUCUAGCAUUUGCCGUUGCACCAAUUUAUGGUGAUAAAAGUCCAGGAAUGACGUGGGCAAGGAGAAGAACGAAGCUACCAGAAAUCCUCAUUCGAGGUGUGGAGCCUGUUAAUACAACUUCCGUGAAGAUUUUGUGGUCUCCACUCAGAGAUUCCUUGAGUAGCAUCAGGACAAAUAUUUCUUUGAUUUAUCUAAAUCCAAAUGAACCCGAAGGUAGUUUAACAAUUUCAAAAGCCAACAGUAAGAUGCAGCAGGAAGGUAUCUAUUGGACAGAGAUUGGUGGUUUACCACCAGAAUCCUCAGUUACCAUUAAAUAUGAUGAUGAUCUCCUUCCUGUAAGAUCCUGCCCGAAUGCAAUUAAAUUUGACCUUAGGCAUGGGGUAGCUUCAGUAAAUGUUCACUUCUACCCUGAUCGGAAUUCUCUGUGGACAACAAAACUCAAUGGAUCAGUCAAAGAAGACAAAAGUCAAGGAUCUAAACUUGUCCUGAAAAAUCUCCAAAGGCACACAACGUACCUCUUGGAAAUUGAAUCCUAUACAAUGGACAAUGGAAGGAAACAAUGUGUGUUAGGUCAGAGGAAAUUAUUCAGGACUAAGUCCGGAAAACCAGGAGCUGUUAUCACGAAAGUGAUUAAUGAUGGAAUCUCACUACAUUUAGAUUGUAAAGUUGAAGAAAAUGUAAAUGAAGAUACGAUGUAUGAGAUGAGAUUGACAGUGAAGAGGAAUCGUGCUGAAGGAAAUUCUUCAAAGGUCACAAGCAAGGAGUGCAAAUUCAGGAUACCCUACGAGUGUGAUGAUAACCUUUUUGGAUACGAGUACUCAAUGAGAGCUGUAAAUGAUGCUGUUGAUGAAGAGGAUGACGCUGAAGGAAUUCCUGGGCCAUGGACUGAAGUUGCUUUCUACAAUGUUAACGAUUUAUGCCAACGAAGGGAGUUCAUUGCUCUUACUUUUAUGCUCAUAACUCUGGGAAUUGUGGUUUUCUUCCUCAUCCUUUAUUUAGUCCUUGCUAAGUAUUAUAAUCUAAAAGAAAUGAAUGAACUCAAAGUUGACAUCCCAAAAGGACUCAAGGAACUUCCAAUUGAGGAAUCCCACAAAAAUGGUCCAAUCCAACAGAAUAAUGUGAAAAUGGAGGAAAUCACUGAGUGUGUACCUUUGUUAGACCUUAGGAAGAGGGUUAAAGUUGAGAAAAGUCCUACGCAAAUACGAGAAUACAUUUUGAAUAUUGGGAAAUUUAAUAAUAAGGAGCAAGAUAGUGAGAGUGGAUCGGAUGGUUUUGCAUCUAAUUUACAUGAAGAAGUUGUUGAUGCGGAAAUUCAUCGAGAUCUCCAUUCAAAUGCAUCACAAACGAGUAUUCCGGACACAGCCGUUAUAGGCAGUUCAGAACCGACUCGGACUCCUCCUGAGAAAUCCCAAGAAGCUCCCAGUACAUCAGAUUAUUACAAAGUUUCUGACCUUAAGAUUCUACCUAAACAAGUUAAAGGUCCCACCGAGGAUACCCCACCCUUCCUUAAUGGUUACGUUGCUCGUCAAGGAUUCAGACCAUCUCCGGAGCAUGUUAAACAAUUUCUAGGGACGUCAUAUUAUAAGUGAAAUUAUAUCACAAAAUUGCCAAAAAUUUAUUAUUUAAAAAUAUCUCAAUAAACUGACAUAUUUUGAUAAUCAUUAAAAAAUUUUCAUAUAGAGAAGAAAUUUGAUGAGAAUAAAAACAUUUUAAUUAAUCUGCAAA